AAAUUAAUUAUUAUGGAGUUCAUUAAACCAAUCACAUCUGAUCAUGACCUCAUUGAACUUGCGAAAAAAAUGAAUAUACAUCUUGAUGAUAUUUUUGAGUCAAGUGAGAUAACAAAGCGGCUCCCAAAGAAAGGAUCAUAUCUGAUUUUGUUGAGGCAACCUAAUAUGGAUGUAGGACAUUGGACAUGUGUUCAUGAUGGGGAGUAUUUCGAUAGUAUGGGUGAGGCAGCCCCAACAAAGUAUGGAGUCGGUAAAUACAAUCCAAAGCAAUACCAAGGUACGUAUGGUGAUUAUUGUGGGAUAUGGUGCAUGCUGUGGCUCUAUUCGAAACAAUAUCGUAAGCCAGAUGUAUUCAAAAAUAUGAAAGAUUUAAAUUUAACUAUUCUUUAA